CGCGCGCCGGCGCGCUCCGACGUGCCCUGGAACUUACCCUCCCUCGGAGACCAGCCUGGCGGGGACGCGCUGGCCGCGGCCACCUCCGCGGCUGAGGGAGCGCUGGCCGAGGCUGGGUGUUGGGGUCCCGGCAGACGCGGUGCUGCGUGAAGAGAGAGCUUCCCGCCGAGCCGGGAGGCGCCGAGUGCUCGUUACAUCCAUGCAAGGAGCCAAGUAAAGCCAUAAUGUGGCAUACCAUCCUGUCUGAGAGGUGAAUACCACAGAAGAAAAAUGGCUGACAGAAGCGGGAGGAUCAUUCCGGGACAAGCGUACAUUGAAGUGGAAUACGACUAUGAGUAUGAAGCCAAGGACAGAAAGAUUGUGAUCAAACAGGGGGAGCGAUACAUGCUGGUGAAGAAGACCAAUGAUGACUGGUGGCAGGUGAAGCCGGACGAGAGUUCCAAAGCGUUCUAUGUGCCAGCCCAGUAUGUGAAGGAGGUCACGCGCAAAGCUCUGAUGCCACCUGUCAAGCCGCCAGUGGGCCUGCCCAGUAGCUCCAUGAAGAUGAUACAGAGCCUGCCUCUGCAUAGGUCGACGGAGAACGUGAACAAGCUGCCUGAGCUCUCCAGCUUCGGCAAGCCGGCCAUGUCCUCUAUUCAAGGCACAGGUCUCAUUCGUGAUGCCAAUCAGAAUUUUGGACCCAGUUACAACCCAGUUCAGACUGUCAACCUUAGCCUAGACCUGACCCAUAACAACGGAAAGUUCAACAGUGAUUCUCACUCUCCGAAAGUUCCCAGCCAGAAUAGGACGCGCUUGUUUGGUCACUUUCCCGGUCCCGAGUUCUUGGACGUAGAGAAAACGAGCUUCUCCCAGGAGCUGUCUUGCGAUUCAGCAGGGGAAGGCUCAGAGAAGGUACACCAGGACUCUGAAUCUGGGGACGAGCUGAGCAGCAGCUCCACCGAACAGAUACGGGCCACUACACCUCCCAGUCAAGGAAGACCUGAUUCUCCUGUCUACGCCAAUCUCCAGGAGCUGAAAAUAUCCCAGUCGUCUCUGCCUCCUCUUCCUGGGAGCCCUGCCAUUCAGAUCAAUGGGGAAUGGGAGACGCACAAGGAUGGCUCUGGGCGUUGCUACUACUACAACCGGGGAACUCAGGAAAGAACCUGGAAGCCGCCCCGCUCGACUCGGGAUGCCAGCCGAGGAGACUUCCACAGCCCCGGAGAGCAAGAGCUGCUUUCGUCAGAAGAGAACUACCACAGCCUUUGUUACAGCCAGUCAGAUAGUCAGUGUGGUUCUGCUCCAAGGGGUUGGUCAGAAGAGUUGGAUGAACGUGGGCAUACCUUAUAUACCAGUGACUAUACUAAUGAAAAGUGGCUCAAACAUGUUGAUGAUCAAGGUAGACAGUAUUACUACAGUGCAGAUGGAUCUCGGUCCGAAUGGGAGUUGCCAAAGUAUAAUGCAUCAUCUCAGCAACAAAGAGAAAUUAUUAAAAGCAGGAGCCUGGACAGGCGGCUGCAGGAACCAAUAGUGUUAACAAAGUGGAGACAUAGUACCAUUGUGUUGGACACCAAUGACAAGGAAUCUCCACCUGCCUCCAAACCAUGCUUUCCUGAAAGUGACUCUUCUCCCUCGUCGCCCAAGCUCCAAGACACAGGGCAAGAGAAAUAUGGAUUAUUAAAUGUAACAAAGAUAACGGACAAUGGGAAAAAGGUUCGGAAAAACUGGAUGUCUUCAUGGGCUGUGUUGCAGGGUUCCUCUCUACUGUUCACCAAAACUCAAGGAAGUAGCACAAGCUGGUUUGGGAGUAAUCAGUCCAAACCAGAGUUCACGGUGGACCUCAAGGGGGCAAUGAUUGAGAUGGCCUCCAAGGAUAAAUCCAGCAAAAAGAAUGUGUUUGAGCUGAAAACUCGUCAAGGAACAGAACUGCUGAUUCAAUCUGAUAAUGACUCUGUUAUCAAUGAUUGGUUUAAAGUUCUCAGUAGUACAAUCAAUAAUCAGGCUGUAGAGACGGAUGAAGCCAUUGAAGAGGAGACACCUGAUUCACCAGGAAUAGAAAAGCAUGAUAAAGAAAAGGACCAGAAAGAACUGAAGAAACUUCGCUCUAUGAAAGUAUCCAGCAUAGAUUCUUCAGAACAGAAAAAAACCAAGAAAAACCUAAAGAAGUUUCUCACCCGACGCCCCACACUGCAAGCUGUUCGUGAAAAGGGGUAUAUUAAAGACCAGGUAUUUGGAGCCAACCUUGCUAAUCUGUGUCAGCGAGAGAACGGCACGGUGCCAUUGUUUGUGCGGUUGUGCAUUGAGCACGUGGAGGAACAUGGUCUGGACGUGGACGGCAUCUACCGAGUGAGUGGCAACCUUGCUGUGAUCCAGAAGCUGAGGUUUGCAGUCAACCACGAUGAAAAAUUGGACUUGACCGAUAGUAAAUGGGAAGAUAUUCACGUCAUCACCGGAGCACUGAAGAUGUUUUUUCGAGAAUUACCAGAGCCUCUUUUUACAUUUAAUCAUUUUAAUGAUUUUGUUAAUGCUAUUAAGCAAGAACCAAGGCAGCGGGUCGCUGCUGUUAAGGAUCUGAUCAGACAGCUACCAAAGCCAAAUCAAGACACAAUGCAGAUUCUCUUUAAGCAUCUCAAAAGGGUCAUAGAAAAUGGAGAAAAAAAUCGGAUGACCUACCAGAGCAUAGCCAUUGUUUUCGGUCCCACUCUGCUGAAGCCCGAGAAGGAGACGGGCAACAUAGCAGUUCACACUGUGUAUCAGAACCAGAUCGUAGAGCUGAUUCUCCUUGAGAUCAAUGCCAUCUUUGGACGCUGACACUUGGUGCAGACGACCGGGGGAGCCAGAGCCGACUCCGUGGGCUUGCGCCUCUCUGUGCACAAGGUGUUUGAGCUUUGGACCAAGCAGUGACUGUUUGAUUUUGCACUUUUUUGAGGGAUCGGAAGGGAAGGGGAGCGUCAAGAUGCCUGGUAGGCCCUCGUGUUUGCUGCUCUAUUGCGAGGUGGUGUAGGUGUGUAAUUUUGAGUUUUUAUCCUCAAAGUCUGCAUUUCAUACUCUGAAUUUCAGUAAAACAGCAAUCAAAGCUUAUAAUUCUAACCAGUCAAACACACUGGAUAAUUUGAUGAGAAAACUGUGUUUCCCUCCCCACUUCACCCUGCCCACCCCCACAACUGGACAUUGUAGAAUUUCUUCUCACAGUCUGUGGGUUCAUCCCUUGGUAGAAGGACAUUUCCUGUUGGUCAUUUUGAAACCACUCGUGGGCAUUUUAAACAGAAUGAAGUAUCCCUGUCCCGACAUGUGUGUUUCCUUUUCAGGGUUUGUGCACGCAGUGGUGGGGACAUGACCCCUCAGCGAAGGCUGGCUGCCUGCCCCGUGUCCCACCGCGUCCCACUUGGGGAGCCCGGUUGCCUGCUAGGGCAGCACACUAAUACUACUUAAAACACUGUGAUGUACUAGAGUUCUAGUUAGCAUCAGUCGGUUCAGGGUAUCUCUUUUUUCUCCCCCUUGGGCUGUCUUGCUUAUCCUGAAAUUGUAGCUAGCAACCCUAAUGAUACCUAGUGCCAUACUGACCCUGUGGACAUGGACAUUGGUGUAAAUAGAGGCUGGAGACUGGGCGUCCUUCAGCUGUGUAUAUACUUGUAUUGUACAGUCUCGGAGUCCACUCUGAUGCUGCGUUCCUAAUCGUGCUGUUGGUGACCUUUUCCAGGAGCAUUAGUAGGUUCCUCCAGAAUAGGCCGGUACUUGGGAAAGUCAGCCGUGUGCACUUUUAGGUUGUAAUUACAUUCACAGGCAAACCACUAUAAUGCGAAUGGUACUGAAAAAGGAAAGUGUGGACUAGACCUGUUUAAUGGUAAAUGCACUACAAGAGAAAUCUUAGUUUAUUUAACAUGUACAGAGUACGUUAGAAACAAAUUUAUAACAGAGUUCUAACUCUGAAGUUUGAACAGUGGAAACCCGUGUGUACAUUAGAUGGAUGUUGGGUAGGAGACAGCAUUGCUGUGUUGGUGGAAUUUCUUUUUACAUUACUAAUGUAGAUGGAUUUGUACAGUCGAACAGGGUUUGGAAGGUUUUGUUACAGGGAGCAUGGUGUGUUGAAAAUUUUUUAAAUGUAUUUUUCUAGAUUAACUGCUGUAUAUGAAAUGUCUAAUCUAAUAAAGAAAACUAUAAGAGGUUUAGAGAUUUUUCCCAUUGGAAA